AAAUACAUGCACAAACCCACAUCUCCACUUAUAGCACCAACACAUUAAAACAACCUCUCUUCAUUUUCGUGUCUCUUCUUGUUCUGUUCCAAAACUAGACAAAUACUAAUGGGAGGAAACAGAUCAAAAAGUAGCAAGAGGUUCUCUCUCUUCAGCUUCUUUAAAACACGAAGAUCUCACAGAGUGGAAGUAGACGCCUCUUGGGACGACGUCGUUUACACUCGCAAAGUAAUGGCUAGUGACGAGGACAAACGUUAUUGGGUGGCUGAACCUGGUAUCGACCGCAAAGCUUCUGCCUUCAUCGCCAAGUUUCAUGCCACUCGUGUCUCUGAGUCUGAGCGCCAAACUCUCUCUCCUUACCAAUCCGAGAAGGCAUGCUGAUGAAUGAUGAUGAUCAAAGGUUGAUUUGAUUCUAUGUAGAUUGUUUUCUACUCCCUCCGUUUUUUUAUAUAAAUCGUUUUAGAGAAAUUUUUAUGUUUCAAAUUAUAUGACGUUUUUAGUUUUCUCUGUAAAAUUUAUUAACAGUUAAUGUUAUGACCAAUGAUAAUAUACCUUCUAUUUUAUUAUUGGUUGAUUUGUGGUUAGGUAAAUAAUUAAUGAUGUUUUUGUUUAGUAAAUAUAAAAAAUUAAUGAUUUUUUAAUCUAUGUGCACAAUUCUAAAACGACUUAUAUUAAAAAACGGAGGGAGUAUUUAUUUGAUUUGUCCUUUAUUAUGAGGGUGUAUUGAUUGUGUCUUAAUUGUAGUUAAUAAUGGAUCCUUUUUGGGGGUAAAAUAUUAAUAAUAUAUCUUUAUUUAUAGUUAUUUUCUUCUAGCUUUUCAAUAUUUUUUCACUGAUUUCAUUCGUCUAGCUAGUUCAAUAAUUUAAUUCAGUUAGACCAUUUAAUUCACAAUCAUAAGGAUGAUUUGUAGAGUUCUUGUUCCUUAGUCCCAGUCCUCCUAAAAUCGUCAUUAUGUACACCAAAAAAAAAUCCUCAUAAUUGUAUAAAGAUGAACAGAAGGUUCUUAAAGUUGGCUAACUUUAAGAGAAAUAAUUUUUUUCGAUAGAACCAAACUUAAUCAUCACCAAAAUUCGUUCAUUUUAUUUUUAUAAGAAUGAUAUAAAAACUGGAAUAACAUGAUCUAAGGACUCUGUUUUCAUUUACGUGGAACCAAAUUAAUCAUCAGAAGACGUACUCAAACGAUAGCCCACAGAUUGAUAAAGCUUCAACUUGUAGAAUCAUUUCUAUUUAUAUUGCUAAUAUAUUGGUUCGUUUUUUCAACAAAAAAAAGAUCUAAGGACUCUCCAAAAGACCCAUAUUCAGGAUGUACCUUGUUAUGAAUAUAGUUGAUCAUGGAAAAAGUCCAAUAAAACAUUUGUACUGUUUCCUGAAUUCUAAAAAGUUAAUAUAUAUAGAUCCUAUGAUCUUCAAAUUGUAAAAUAUUUUUUUAAAAAAAUUUUGCUCGGGAUUUUUUUUAUGGUUUCUUAAAUUUUAGGAUCGGUUCAGGCAUGGCUGGAUCUAAAGACAGUCUAGUGAAACACUAGUCUCGGCCCUCAAUUUUUUUUUUCGAAAGAUAUACACAUAAAAUAGAUUCCCAAAUUAUAUAUAAAAAUUAUUAAUAUUUUUACUAAAUGUUUAUUACCCACAAAAUCUCAUAUCCAACCAUGUGUUUAGGUUAUAAAUCUUACAUUGACUAUAAGUUAGAAGAUAAUCCAAUAUACAAGUAAUUUAGAGCAAGUCAUUCGUUCUUAUUUAGACAGGGCAUGAAUUGUGACAUAGCCAAGGAACUAAACUAAU